AUGUUCAGCUUUCGUACCUUGACUUCUCUCACAUAUUUCACGCAUGUCGCUUUUCUAGGAGGCAAUGUGCAAACUCAUGGUUCUCAGCUUAGGGACAUUGUUCCUAAGCGCGAGGUUCUCUACGUUGGCGGACGAUACACGAACAUCACAGACAAUGCAAUCAACUCUACAUCAAUGGCUAUGAUAGGGCAAAUUUACGUCGAGAAGCUUUCCCCUAAGCCAGCCCCGGCGAACCCACCACUUCCCAUUAUCUUCAUUGCAGGCGCGGCUCAGACCGGCACCAAUUUCCUUGAUACUCCAGACGGACGGCCAGGAUGGGCAUCCUAUUUUAUCUCCAAAGGUCACACUGUCUAUCUCUCAGACCAGCCUGCACGCGGCCGCUCCUUCUGGUUUUCCGGACAGGGAAGUAUUGGGUACAUUGGCUCCCCCGAUUCUGUCUCAGAUAUUUUUACCGACGUAGCAAACAACGACAACCAAUGGCCACAGGCCAAGCUUCACACGCAAUGGCCUGGCACCGGUCGCAUUGGCGACUCAACUUUCGACGCUUUCUACAGGAGCCAGAUGCAGUUCCAGACCGACCGCUUCAUAAGCGAAGAACAAAAUGCGCAGGCAUAUUCAGCUCUAGUCGACCUCGUAGGCGACUGUUAUAUCAUCAGUCACUCGCAGGCGGGUGCAUACGGCUGGAGGGUCGGAGACAUGCGCCCAGACCUAGUCAAGGGUAUUGUCCAACUCGAGCCGUCUGGUCCACCAUUCACGCUCCGCCCGCCGUUUGGAAAUGACCCAGCUUUCGCUUUCGGUCUCACCGACCUCGCAAUCGGAUACGAACCGUCUGCAGGCAAGAAUGCCGAAAAUAUUGAGACAACCAUCGAGCCAGCAAUCGACACCGAUCACGACGACUGCAUCAUGCAGAAGUCCCCAGCGAAGCAGUUGACGAACCUGGGCAAAAUCCCAGAGCUUGUUGUUACAGGCGAAGCAUCGUUCCAUGCGCCAUACGAUUACUGCACUGUCAAGUAUCUGGAGCAAGCUGGCGUAGACGUUGAGUACGCGGAUCUAGGCAACGAGGGUAUUCAUGGCAACGGACACAUGUUCUUCAUGGAGAAGAACAACCUUGAGAUCGCAGACCGGGUGUACCAGUGGCUGAAAAAACAUUAA